AUGUUUGUUCAUUUGGCUAAACGUAUUGCUAUGCCUGGCGAAACGCCAGUGACCAAAUGUGGAUGGAAUGCUGUAGACGGCUAUGUCUCUGCUGGUUGUGCUGACGGUCUUGUUAAAGUUCUUAAAUUGGAAAUACCUGAAAAUGGAGAUGCACGGACACGUGGUGUUGCUGGUCAAGCACAAUUAACAAAAAAUCAAACAUUAGAAGGUCAUUCCAGUGCCAUAUCUAGUAUUGUAUGGAAUGAACGAUUUGGAAAGUUAACAACAGCUGAUAUUAGUGGUACAGUUAUUGUGUGGGUGGAUGGACCACAAAAUGAAUUCGUUCAAGAUAUGCUGAACAAUCGAACAAAGAAUCGCAUUUGCGAUAUGAAAUGGAAUUCGACAGGACAAAUGAUUUGCAUUGCACAUGAGGAUGGAAAUGUCAUCAUCGGAUCAGUAGAAGGUUCACGAAUAUCUGGAAAAAGCUUAAAGAACAAAUUAGCGAAAGUUGAAUGGUCGCCGGAUAGUCGUCUUCUAGUAUUUGGCUGCGUUCGUGGUGAUAUUCAAGUCUAUGAUCUUAAACUCAACUACAUCGCUCCGAUACAAAUCUUCUGCAUUCGUGAAGGUGUUCCGUCGGCUGAAAUUGCUGGUAUCGAAUGGUACGAUGGAAGUGGUGGCCUAAUGUCUGCCAAUAGCAAAUGUCUUGUUAUAUGUUAUGAAAAUGGUGCAAUGCAAUUAAUGACCAGAGAAGAUGAUCCGUCGCCAAUCAUUUUCGAUGUUGAUAUGCGUGUAGUGUCCGUCAAAUGGAACGAUAACGGCUCCAUGUUAGCAGUUGCUGGUUGUCAAACCACAGGUGACAAAACACAUAAUUUCAUUAACUUUUACACACCUUGGGGAGAGCAUCUACGUUCAUUGAAAGUAACAGGAAAAAGUAUUGCUGAUUGUGCAUGGGAAGCUCAUUCACUUCGACUCGUCAUUGCAAUAGAUAAUUUCAUCUAUUUUGCUAAUUGUCGAUUAGAUUACAAAUGGUGUUAUAUCCAAGACACAGUUAUCUAUUCAUUUUAUACAUGUACCCGAUCAGAACAUAUCGUUGUUUUUUGGAAUACCAAAACGAACGAAGUUCAUUAUCGAUAUGUUCGAAAUUUGCUCGGUAUUGGUGGUUAUGGUUCGUACUGCUGUAUAGGAGCACUUGUAGAACAUAUAGCACCGCCAAUAAACAGUACAGCCGCCGAUACACAUGUUAUUCUACUAUGUAACGCGAUUGGUGUGACUAUUGAAUCUAAAUAUGUACCAUUUCAACCGGUACAUAUUUGUGUCACGCAGAGCUAUGCUAUUAUUGCAGCAAAAUCGUUAAUUUUCAUCUGGGGUAUCGGUGGUUUUGUUGGAUCACAAAUGGCAAAGAAACAAGCGUUCGAAAGAUUCAUUCAAAUUGAUGACCCGGGAACGGUUCGACAUGGCGAUGAACUUCAAUUAAGUUUAAUGGCAAAUGUAGACAGCAUGGAAACGGACGAUCCGAUUACAAGUUUAUGUGCAUCAGAUAAAUGGUUUUUUGUCGCUCGGUUAUCUGGUCUUGUUCUUCGCUACUCGCUUCCUGCAUGUUCUUUGAUGGAAAAAAUCGAAUGUCAAUUUCGUAUUAGUAAAAUUGCUUUGAAUUCAAUAGCAACGUUAAUGUCUGUAAUUGAUACAAGUGGAAAUUGUAUGUUAAUUGAUAUGGAAAGUAAAGAGCCUCGAGAAGAUAUAACCAAUUUCAAGAAAAGCGAUGUUUGGAACGUUGUUUGGGCGACUGACUUUCCGGAUUCGUUUGCAAUCAUGGAAAAAACAAAGAUCUCAUUUGUCCGUGGAACGGAAACCGAAGAAGCUGUACCAUGUUCAGGUUAUGUCUGCGAUUACAACAAUUUACAAGUGAAAGUUGUCAUGUUGGAUGAGAUCAUGAAAAUGCAUCUACGAGGUGUGCAAGCUCCAUCAGCAGAAUAUUUAACAAUCUACGACAAUAAAUUACUGAGAGAGAUGAAGGCGGCCUGUGAAAAACUGCCGUUGGAACAAGUAAGCAAUAUGAUCGAAAAAGAUCCUCAUCCACAAUUAUGGCGUGCACUUGCAGAAGAAGCAUUAAAUCAUUUAGAUAUCAAAAUAGCAGAACAUGCUUUUGUUAAAGUUCAUGAUUAUUAUGGUUUGCAAUUCUUACGACGCUUACAACAAUUUCAAGGCGAGAAUUUCAAACGUGCAGAAAUUGCCGCGUUUCUCAAACGCGAAGAAGAAGUCGAGAAAAUCUACAUAGAUAUGGAUCGAAAAGACCUGGCGUAUCAACUACGUCGUAAACUAGGCGAUUGGUUUCGUGUUGUGCAAAUUCUUCAAUCAGGUGCUGUUGCAAGUGACGCGAUGCAAAAUGAAGCAUGGAACGAAUUGGGCGAAUUCUAUUUCGAUCGUCAGCAAUGGGCGACAGCAGCUAAAUACUACGAACAAAGUGGAAAUAAUUCCCAAGCGUUUCGUUGUUAUGCUUUAACUGAAGAUUAUGUUGCUUUACAAAAGCUGAGUCAAUCAUUGCAAGACAAUGAUCCUUUACUCAAACCUAUCGGAGAUACAUUUGCAACAGUUGGCCUCUCUGAUCAAGCUGUCAACGCAUAUAAACGAUGUAAUCGUAUACAAGAAGCGGUUCAAAUGUGUAUUGAAUUCAGUCAAUGGGACAUGGGCAUCGAAUUAGCUCGUCAAUACAAUAUGAACGAUGUGAAAAACCUAUUAGUUCGCCAAGCUAAAACUCUACUUAGUCAAAAUAAACCGUUUGACGCUAUUGAACUAUACAAAAAAUCUGCGAACUAUCUCGAUGCUGCGAAGAUCCUCUACGGAAUUGCAGAAAGUCAUAGCAAGGAAAAUCACUCAUUGUUGAUGAAGAAGAAAAUGUAUAUUCUAUGCGGAUUACUGAUUGAAAAGUAUCGUACGGCAAUGAAAACAACAUCACGAAAGGAAAAGAAAUCGACUGCAGCAAUCUCAGCAUCAGAAGCUCUACAAGGUUUAUUAACUGAAGAAACAACAGGUUCUGGUGGUGUAUCUGAUACACAAUUGAUCGAUAAUGUUUGGCGUCCCGCAGAAGCAUAUCAUUUCUAUAUACUCGCUCAACAACAAUACAAAGCUAACAACGCCGAUGGAGCAUUACGAUGUGCACUCGCACUGACCGAAUACGAGGAUAUUUUACCUGUUCAAACUAUUUACAAUCUUAUAGCACUUUGUGCAACAUCAUGCGGAGCAUUCAAUACUGCAAGUAAAGCAUUUCUCAAACUCGAAGAUGAUCCAUCUAUCAGUGAAGAAGAUCGAAAAGAAUAUCAAAAGUUGGCCUUUCAAAUCUUUCUUAGAAAUCAUAUUUUCGAAUGGAAUUCGUAUCGAACUUAUCACAACAAAGAACAUCGAGUCCCAAUCGUGGACUCCUCACCGAAAUCGGCUCGAUCGUACUGUUUUGAUAAGCAAAAACCUUCGACAAAUGAUCAUGUCAUCAUUCAAGAACCACCGAUCAAGGACUAUUUCAAAACAUCGCUAUUUGCAUGUAUAACUUGCUUUUGGAUGAUCGCUGGUAUCGUUUGUUUAUAUCAAUCGUUCAAAAUUCGACAAUUAUUGAAGAAAAACAAUGAAGUGUACAGAGAAGAAGCAAGAAGAUGUUCGAAUCGCUUACAUACCAAUUUAAUUUUGACUUCGCAACCAAAAGACAAGCGUCCUGUACUCUCAGGACAAUGUCCACAAUGCAGCCAGCGAAUCAACGAUUGGAGUCUCAAUUGUCCAUCGUGUGACUGGCGUUUUCCACCAUGUAUUGUGACUGGUCGACCGAUUACUGAGUAUGCGUUUUGGAUUUGUCCGGCUUGUAAACAUCGAGCAUUGGAAAAUGAAAUGGCUCGCGUUGAUAUUUGUCCAUUUUGUCAUUCUUCUGUAAAUGGUUAA